GGGGAGCGGGCACGGGCACGAGCACGGGCACGGGCACGAGCACGGGCACGGGCACGGGCACGGGCACGGGCACGGGCACGGGCACGGGCACGGGCAGGGAGCGGGCGGCAUGCGGGCGGAGGAGCCGCUGGCGCUGGCGGCCCCGCGGGCGGGCGGCGGCGAGGCGGAGGCGGCGGGCGAGGAGCGGAGCGGCGGCGGCUGCUGCAGCAGCGAGCGGCUGGUGAUCAACAUCUCCGGGCUGCGCUUCGAGACCCAGCUGCGGACCCUCUCCAUCUUCCCCGACACGCUGCUGGGGGACCCCAGCCGCAGGGUGCGCUACUUCGACCCGCUCCGCAACGAGUACUUCUUCGACCGCAACCGGCCCAGCUUCGAUGCUAUCCUCUACUACUACCAGUCCGGGGGGAGGCUCCGGAGGCCGGUCCACGUACCCCUCGACAUCUUCCUGGAGGAGAUCCGCUUCUACCAGCUGGGCCAGGAGGCCAUCGAGACCUUCCGGGAGGACGAGGGCUUCAUUCAAGAGGAGGAGAAGCCCCUGCCCCAGCACCACUUCCAGCGCCAGGUCUGGCUGCUCUUUGAGUACCCUGAGAGCUCUGGGCCAGCCCGGGCCAUCGCCAUCGUCUCCGUGCUGGUGAUCCUCAUUUCCAUCGUAAUCUUCUGCCUGGAGACCCUGCCUGAGUUCCGCCAGGAGCCCAAGGGCUCCCAGCCUGGUUUCGGGGAGGCAGCAGUGCCUGGGGAUGACACGCUGCUGCUGCCACCACCGCCGCCACCGAGUGGGACCCCACAACCCCUGCGACCUGCCACCGGUGCGGGCCCUUUCUUCACUGACCCCUUCUUCCUCAUCGAGACCCUGUGCAUCAUCUGGUUUUCCUUUGAGCUCCUCGUGCGCUUCUUUGCCUGCCCCAGCAAGCCUGAGUUCUCCCGCAACAUCAUGAACAUCAUAGACAUCGUGGCCAUCAUCCCCUACUUCAUCACCCUGGGCACGGAGCUGGCCCAGCAGCAGCAGCAGAAGCAGCAGCCUGGGAGCAGCAGCAACAACGGGGGCCAGCAGCAAGCCAUGUCCUUGGCCAUCCUCAGAGUCAUCCGCCUGGUCAGAGUCUUUAGGAUCUUCAAGCUCUCCAGGCACUCCAAGGGGCUGCAGAUCCUGGGGAAGACUCUCCAGGCCAGCAUGAGGGAGCUGGGCCUCCUCAUCUUCUUCCUCUUCAUUGGGGUGAUCCUCUUCUCCAGUGCUGUCUACUUUGCAGAGACCGAUGACCCCGAUUCCCUGUUCACCAGCAUUCCUGAUGCUUUUUGGUGGGCAGUGGUGUCCAUGACCACUGUGGGCUAUGGGGACAUGUAUCCUAUGACAAUUGGUGGCAAGAUUGUGGGCUCCUUGUGUGCCAUUGCUGGUGUGCUCACCAUUGCCCUGCCUGUCCCUGUCAUCGUGUCCAACUUCAACUACUUCUACCACCGAGAGACUGAUCAUGAAGAGCAGUGCCAGUAUACCCAUGUCACCUGUGGCCAGCAGCAGUCACCCUUCUCUGAGCCCAAGAAGGGGGACAGUAAUCAGUCUCUCAGCAAAUCUGAAUUCCUGGAAGCAGAAGACCUGGAGUCCAUGAAAUAUUCCAACUUCAUUCCCCCCAACAACCAGGGUUUUAAAGAGAAGAAAAUGCUGACAGAGGUGUGAUCGGUUUUGUUGUCAUGGGUCCAGACAGAGCUGCAAGCUGCUGCACAGCCGUCUUCCCACUAGCAGCUGGAUCUAUUCAGCAUUUACAUACCAGACUGUGAAUUGUGAUACCGUAAACAGAGUGAUUGUGAUAAUGGGCUCUUCUCUGCUGAUUUGCUGUUUCUCAUUACUGUGUGCAGUCAGAAAUGUUCUUGCUUUAUUCUGUGGAGUGCUAGCUGUCAUCCCCACUCCCUCAUGAAUGUCUUUUCCUUUUUUUUUUGGAGACUGCUGUAAUCCAAUAUUAGCUCUGAUGCCUAACCUUUCUACUCUGCUAGCAAAGAAACCCUUGACACAACUUCAGCUGAAGGAUUCAACAGGGAGUAAAUAGUUAAAGGGGCUACAAACAUCUGGCUCAAGCUGUGCCCUUCGUUCCUGUGCCAGUGCAGUGCCCUUGGCUGUGGGAUCAGUCACGCCUGCCAUGCCAUUGCCUUUGAAUAAUGGAAAUGCUGUAGCCAGCAUCACACAUUUUUCCUUGCUUACUGAAGAUUCCAUCACUUUAUAUCAUGUACAACUGCCCUGUCCAACUCCGAACUGGCAGACCAUUAUCAGCAUUUGAAAACUGACAGUGCAAACCAGGAGAUGGGAAAGGACUUUGUAUAUCCUUGCACACAGAGAGGAGAUGAGUGUGUGAAGGACAAUCAACAAUCACGGACAAGGAGCAUUGCAUUAAAAACCACAGAAACAUUUUUUUUUCAACAAUCUCACUAUGAAAUAAAGAUUUUGCUGUGGAUGAGACUUGCUUUCUCCUGAACCCCUGGGUAUUUUGUGACAAUCAGUUCAACAGAGAAUUUCAACAAUUAAGAACAGGGCAGAAAUCAUCUUCUUGUUGGAAGUGAGGAAGGAAGGAAAGGAAUAAUUUUGUUGAGGGCACCUUUUUUAUCCCAAACUUAUCUUUAUGUGAAGGACUGUAUGAGUGAAUCGCAUGAAGAGUUGGAAGAGUUGUUUUGCAGAAUUUCAGAGUCUACAUUACUGAAGGAUUCCUGCACUUUCCUCUAAGAUGAAAUUUUUAUUCUGUUCCUGUUUGGAAAAUGUCACAUUUUGAGAUUUCUGAGCAAUUUUCUGUUUUGGCCCUGUUCCUUCUGACCCAGAGUAUAUGGAUAAAAGUCACUGCUACAGCAGCUGUAGAGGUGAAGGUGCCUGGACUUGGUGUUCUCUGUUAGGCCCACUCAUUCAGUGUACAGAGAUCCCCAUGGAGAUACAGAAGAAUUAAUAUAAAGGAUAUUCAGGGCAGCCAAAGGCAGGGUAAGGACUGAAGAGUCUUCCAUACUGUGAUGGAAAGAACAGCAUCAUCCCUAAAAGCAAUGGAACAAACAGCUCCAGCUUCUGCUUUACCUGCAGAAGUAGGUCCUGUUUAUACUGGAAAGAUCUACAGAUUACAGCAGAAGUUAACCACAGCUUACCUGAAAACUCUCAUCUAACUUGAGUCUAAGAAGCAGAUGCUGCCCUCUUUUACACCGGUGCAAUUCUGGAAUAACUCCACUGACGUCAGUGAAGUGAAAUUUAUCCCAGUUGAAAGCAGAAUUGGACCACAGUCUCAUCAUCUGCUUAUAUGCUAUGGUGCUCUCAGGAAGGUGCACCAUUACCAUACCAUAAGGUAUGAUUUGAAAGAGGGUAGCAGUGGUCAGCAUGCUCAGUGUGGAACAUGUCUUGUCAGCCAUGCUCAGAGCUGGACCUGUUGUGUGGGGUUUCAAGCAACAUGUGCAGUGAGGCUGGAUUCUGGAUGGUGCAAGGCUGUUGUGUCAGAAUGCUGCAAAAGACGUUGCAUCUCCUCCUCAUGGUGUUGGUGAAGUUUCCCUCUGUGCAGGGAAUACAGCAUUUAUGGACAGGAAACUGCUUUCCUUGCUUAGAGGUUUUCUUAUUUUUUUUAAAGGGGUUAGCAUGCUUAGUUACAGGAAACUGAAAUUAGAUGUGAACAGGGGUUGGAGGAAGGAGGCAGGGAGAAUCCUCUACAAGAUUCAAAUGUGUAUGAUUUCUGGGAAAACUAAAUAAAACAGAAUUUAAUUCCCAGUGUCUAAAUAGCAGCAAUUUUUCAUCUAUUAAUCAAAAGACCCAGACAAGCACUGAGUAGUGUGGGAAGCUGGAAAUGGACAUAGGACACCUCCAAACCAUUCUGUUACUGACACCUAUUUUAAAUCUUUUUUUCAAGUGGAGGACCCAGUCCUGGCAAAUGCGUAAAGUCAGCCCUUAGAAGAGCACAAAGCUUUCUCUAUAGAACUGAAUAGCUGGUGAAAGCAUGCCCAUUUGUCUGCCUGUCUUUUGCCAAUGGAUAACUGUGCUUUUAUAGACUGUUUUCAUAGCUCAGAUAAAUGGUAGAAGCUUAACAUAGCUCUACAAAUAAUAAUCAUCCUGAUCAUGCAUAAUAUGCGUUAUGUAAGAGGUGGGCCCAAACUAGAGAUAUUUCUCAUUUCCCUAUGAAGUGUCUUGUUUGAGUGUAUUUGGAGUUAGUUCUUCUUGUGAACAUGUGAGUCUAUUGCCUGCUUUAAAGGAGGUAGUGACUUAGUUUCAGUGGCUGUAGAGAGUUUCACUGAAAUAACACUGUUUAUAGUCUUUCAUGUGAUUUAGAAGGCACAAUUGCCAUAUAGUUCUGAAAAUGUAAUAUAAUUGUAUACAGUGUUCAUGGGAAAUGUUCUGAAGUUUUUUCCCACUGCACCAUUGUGAUGAAAACCUCUGUUGCUCUUCACACUCUGUGAGCCCAUGCUGUACUAUGCUGAAGCUGAUGGGAAACCCACUUAGUAAUGGGAAGUGAUGGACAGAGAGGGAUGCUCUGGCCUGGAAUCUCCUCUCUUUGGCAAUGGCACAGGUAGAAAGCAUCUCCUAAUGUGACAGUUCUUGGCACCCGUAACAAGCAAGGAUUGUAAUAUCUCCUCAUGGCUGCUGACUGAGAGUCUGGUCCUCUGAUAAGAUGUGACCUCCUGGAUACCUGUGACUCAAAAAGAUAAUCGGUGUCUAUAGGACUGGGCUUAAAGCAACUAUGACAUGGGAAAUCCAAAGAUACUUAUGGAGCAAGUCUGCGGAGUAGUCUUGAGCAUGGAUGUAAAACCACAGUUCCUAGGAGGCAAUAUUCACCCUGUAUUGAUAUUAUUUGGGUGCAAACAAUGCAGAGACCUACUCUGACUCUCAGUGCAGGACAGCUUGCAGUGUGAGGCUUCUUAGAUCUGUGUGACAAGGCAACAUGACUGGCAUUGGGCAGCCAGAGCUGCCACAAACCCUUCUUGCAUGGGCAGUUGUCUUCAGAGGUAGACAAAGUGUAGGCUGCCUGCUGCAGAAGUCUGUGAGCCUUCAGAUGCAUGGCAUGCAGAUCAGAGACUUUAGGUGAUACUGUGUGCCACUACAAACAGCGUGGAUAUUGGUUGCAGGACCCUUUUGCUUUUGCUGUGAAAUCUAACUCCUAGACGUUAUUUAAAGGAAAACAGUUGGGAUUUGCAGGCCAGGUCAUGUGGUGACGAAAGUAUUUCCAGUGCCCUCAUUGGAGCCAGGCUGAUUUAUACAAGUCUAGUCCAACAUUUCUGAGAAAUUGUGGAUGAUAGGUUUUUUUGUUGUUGUUGUUGGCUGCACUGAAAACCUGAAGCCUUUCAAAUAAAGUAUGUGAAGGAAACAGAAUUUUUAGAUGGAAUAGUGAAAAUGCUGUUUUCUGGACUCAGACUUUGAGACAAGUUUUUUGCAGAACCCACAUGUUGUGAGAGAAGAGGGUAUUGGGCUUGAAAGCUGACCAAUGAAAUGGGACUCAACUGAGCUUUGAAAAGCAAUUAUUGUCCUUAUUGGUGUUGCCAUAAUAUAUGCUUAACUCAAACCCAAUCUUGCAAAGGCCAGAACCCAAUGAAACCAUGUAACUAGGUAUUUGUGAUUGUUCCUGUCGGUGUGAUCCACUGUUGAAUAGGCUGGAUAUAUGAAUAAAACCAAUAUUUUUUAAA